GUUAGAUGUCCAUAAGCAUUAGAAAUAACAUUUGGAGCCAUGGUUCUUUAUGUGAUACAAGUUAAAUGGUGAAUUAAGUGCUUCAGCCGUUUGUGUUUAUAUGAGGUUCUUAUUUGAUCACUGUGUGGCUGAAAACUUGACUGAGAAAUUUGCCUUUUUGAGUCCUCAUCGAACGGCACAUGGGCUGACCAAUCAAAGCCAAUAUAUUUCGGAUGCAAUUAUGGCAAAUGGACACCCAAACCAAUUAUAUCUUGCACCGGUCAAUAUAGGGGCACAUUGGGUGUUGGUUGUGAUCAAUGCCACUACAGGGACCUUAUUUUACUUGGAUCCUAUACAUGGUAGUUUGAAUCAACGCAAAGUCAUGAAAGAGAUGUUUGAUAAUGCAAUGAUGAUCUACCGUGCUAAUUGCAAUGACAAGAGGAUUACAUGGUCCAAAGCCAAAUGGAAUACUAUAAAGUGCCCUGCCCAAACAAAUUAUAUAGAUUGCGGGUACUAUGUACUAAGCUUUCUAAAGGAGAUAAUUGCGCACAAAAAAUCUACAAUUCCACAAGCGUACUUCUCUGAUUGUCAAUUUGGCUUCUACGAUGAGGAUCAACUAAAUGAAAUUAAAGAAGAGUGGGCUACUUAUGUGUUAAAGAAUUUUGCCUAGUGUGGGCUAUUUGCUUUAAUUCCUUGUGAGAGUAUGGGCUACUUAUGGUAUGGAACUGCAUUGCAUGUUAUUUUAGAGUAUUUGGUUCAAGCAGUGUACUGUACUGGCUAGUGUUGGCUAUUUGGUUUAAUUUCUUGUGAGAGUAUGUUCUCAACAACAAUUAGUAUUGUUUUGGACAAAUUAGUGUAAAUGUAUUGUUUUCUUAUUCAAGGUUGGAAUAUUUGAGUAAUUUGGCUAGAAUAUGUGAAUGUUGGUGAUUUUAUGCAAUUUAUUUUUCAAUAUAAACGUACUAAAAUUUAUGCACACA